ACGUGUUAACGUUGGGCCAACGUUAGCACCUAAUUGGAACCGCUUGACCCAACGUUGGCCUAACGUUCCUUGUGUACCUGGGGAGGCCCAUUAGCAACCAGUCACCUUUAACAGGUGAUCUAUGAGGUGGAGGGGAGGAGAUUCAAUGUCAGUGAUAGAUAUUUUCAUUUUAACGCAAUCGACAACGAACCUUCCUUUGGUGUGUGCUGCGAUGGAAAGUCCGGAGAGGCUGUGGAGAGCUCAUUUCUCAACUGUGCUUGAGAAACGUUUUUUGAAGAGAGAUUCAGCGAUAAGGAUCACACAGCGCAUGAGCAAUUCGCAACGCAUCAAACGGGCCGCGUGCUUCCUCCGAACAGAUCUCUGCCAUCGAACGUAAUGGCGCCCACGACGAUGGCUCGUUUCUCUGUGUUCGGCUGUCUCGCCGUGGUCUUAGUUUCAGCCAAGAUACUGACGUUCGCAAGAGAACAAAUAGUGAUCGAUGGAUUUUGCAGGUAUGGCAUUGUCCUCGUGAAAGGAAACUACAGCUUCUCCCUGGACAAAGCCAUCGAAGUGUGCGGCCUCCUAAACUACACGCUGGCCACCAGCGAAGAGCUAGAGCAAGCGUACAACGUAGGCUACGAGACGUGCCGGUACGGAUGGACCGCUGACGGGAAGUACGUUAUCCCAAGACACAAGCCACAGGACACGUGCGCAAAGGGGCAAAUCGGCUUGCUGAUAUAUGAGAGCCAGCAGAACAAGUCUUUCGAUGCCUACUGCUUCAACAGUAGCGAAAUGGGUGUAAAAUACUGCAACAAGUCUGACGUCAUCGUGACCAUCACAUGGAAGAAUGUCGUCCCUGACUCAAACUCAUCGACAACAACAACCGCCACCGCAAUGGGAGUGGGCAACAGCACGUUGAAUAUGAUUGACGCCAACGCCACAGCAGGUGAGAGACUGAUGCAAGUUAAAGAAGAAAAUUAUGUUUUAGACAAGCACAUGAAGGCUAUCAAAGAAUUUCUGAAUGGCGCAGACAAGAAGGUGAAAGGAACGAGCAUCUACUUUUGGAUAGCGCUGCUCAUUGCAUUGAUGUGCGGACUUGCGGCUGCUAUUUACAUAACAGUCAUCACGUGUUCAAGAUCAUGAAAACGAGUGGACUGACAUUGAGUGGACGACGAAACAACUUCACGUUCCCACUACCCUGCCAUCACCUUCACUUACACUUUCACAUGCACGACCAACAUGUUGACCGUGAGUGCAGUGACUGAAAUUCCAUGGACAGACCCUCGAGCACAAGGUGAUCCAGUUUGUGUAACUCGACUCCGACCAUGACAGGUCAAAACUAAACACACAAUUGGAAUAAUUUAUCCAGGAAUCCUCGAUGAGUGUCAAAACUAUUUUUUUCAAGAAGGCCUUGAAUUUGGACAAUUAUUUUUUAUAACUAGUGCAUGUUCUAUGCAUGUAUAUUCAACUUCUUUCGCACCGUACAUAGCCAGCCGUCCUCAUUGGAGGUGCGGGGGAAGGACAGCAAGAGCAUUGUGAGUGGUACAUGUCGUCUUAGCGAUAGGUGUAGUGAUAGGGGUAGUGAUAGGGGCACCACGGUGGCGAGAUGUUAACUAUCUCGCCUGGUAUGCAGGAGGUAGUGGGUUCGUCCCUGACCCUGAAGCCUGUAUAUUUGGAGUUUGCGUGUUCUUCCUGUAGUCACGUGGAUUCUUCCCCGGGUCCCGUGACUUUUUCCCCCUCCACAUUUAGAAUCACCAUGCGUUUAGAGUAUUUGGCUGCUAUAAAUGUCCGCAUGAUAAGCCACUUCGUUUGUGGCCAGGUCGUUUCUCUAUAGAUCAGUGGGCCUUACCUGCAAAAUAAAAACAAUAGUUUUGUUUUUAGUUUAGGGUAAAUUACCAGGAGGAACUGUUACUUGCCAGAAUAAAACAAUUCAAAAGGUGCACACAGAUGGGUUUACAAACCAACUUUCUGUACCCCUUCUUUGCACCCAAGCAGCUUUUGGAGUUUCACAAAUCCUCAUUUUCCACCAUCUCUGGCCUUCAAAUUGCUGUAUUGCAGGCGUGCAACACUAAGGUUAGCUCGCGAAGCCAAAGUGGAAAUAACAAAAACGACUUCAUCCAAAAUCCAGAGAAAUGUAGAGUUUGUACAUUUAACUCAAGAAAGCCUCGCUGAGCCGCGACACAAUUUUCCAGGAGGGUCUUUCACGAGUUAGAACAAUUAUGGUAAAUUAAUUCGUGAGUAAUUUUGCAAGUGGGAAGGAAAUGAGAAAAUCUGGAGAAAAUCCUUCGUAAAAAAAGUGCACGUAAAAUGGUAAUAGGUGUAAUAUACAUGGCGUCAUCUGGUCGAGCACCAAUUGGGUCGAGGCUCAAGAGAAAGCCGUCCCUUGGUGUGGACCAAUCAGUUUCAAGGACAAUGCAUAUAUUAUC